AUGCGAACUCAUACUAGGAGUACCACGAAUUUUAGAAGUUUUACUGAUCUAGGGUUUCUUUCUGGUUCAAGGCGGGUACCUGCUCGCGUUUCAUUCGAUUCCUCUUUAUGCGGAUAUUAUAAGCUCUGUUAUUGUUUUGAUCAAAAGAUUUCUGGAUCACGGGUUCGAAAAUAUGGGCGGCGUCAGGUUUCCCAAAUUCGGGCGAUGGAUGAUGACUCAGAGGGUGUUUCCUCACUUGACUGGGGGGAGAGCAGUGGGGCAGUUGAAUAUAACUCAUCAUCCAGUGAUGGCGAAGAUAGUGAUGGGGAAAUCAUAUUACAGCCAAUAACUGAUGUUGAUUUACCUACCUCGAAAGAGAAAUUUCUUCCUGCUGAUGACUCCAUAACGGUGACUGCUCAUCGUCUUGCAAUGCUUGGAAGAGCACGGAAGAAAAACAAGACUAUAUAUGGGGUUCUGAACAAUGUUGGACUAAUCACAUUCUCGACAUUGCUUCUUUUCCUUGUGGAUCAGUGUGCAUGGCGAAUUGUCAGAUUGCCCUUGGCACCAUUUUACUUGAUGCGCCCUUUUAUGAUAUCUGCAGUUGUAGUGUCUUGUAUAGGCUAUAUUUGUGUCCCAUUAUUUCGUAUUUUAAAGCUUCGAUCAAUAAGAAGGAAUGAAGCGCCCAUUCGACACUCCUCUAAGAAAGGAACCCCUACAAUGGGUGGAUUGUAUUUUGUACCCAUUGGUGCACUUGUUGCUGAAGUUAUUGUUGGUUUUUCGUCUGCAGAAAUUUCUGGAGCGGCAGCAGCAACUCUAGCAUUUGCCGUUAUUGGCCUUGUUGAUGAUUUCUUGAGUCUCAAGAAUAAUAACGGUGGUCUAUCUGGUUGGAUGAGAAUUUUGUUGGAGGUAGCUGUUGGGUCAUUGUUCUCCUGUUGGUUGUACAUCACAAAUGUAUCAUCACCUUACAGCAUGAAAAUGGUGAUUCCUUUACCUGCGCCUCUAGGCCUUGUUUGUGUGGGAAAAUUUUAUCCACUUUUGACUUCGUUCUGUUUUGUUUCCAUGGCAAAUGGAAUUAACCUAACUGAUGGGCUUGAUGGAUUGGCUGGCGGGAUUGCUGCAUUGGCAUUUAUUGGAAUGUCGAUUGCAGUGCUUCCAAUAUGUUCUGAUAUUGCUAUAUUUGGAGCAUCAAUGGCAGGUGCCUGUGUUGGUUUUCUUUUGCACAACCGGUACAAAGCAUCUAUAUUUAUGGGUGACACAGGAGCCUUGGCUUUAGGGGCCGCUCUAGCUGCAAUGGCUUCUUGUACGGGAAUGUUCUUUCCGCUGUUUAUUUCAUCUGGAAUUUUUGUCAUGGAAGCACUUUCAGUUAUUAUACAGGUAUGCAUCUUCAGGACAACCAAAUAUUUUCGGAAAACUGGUUUUCGAUUCUUCAGGAUGGCACCCUUUCAUCACCACCUUGAAUUAUGUGGAAUUAAAGAACCUAAAAUAGUUGCUGCUGCGUACAUUGUCACUGGAGUUUUGAUCUUAUGCGGGGCAUAUGUGGGUCUUAUUUCAGCGUAA